AUUUAAAGCUAUAAUACGAAGUUUAUCUGUAAGUGGUGCUGGGACGCAAGAUAAAAUGAAAUGCCAAUUUUUUGAUGAACUAAAUGAAAUAUUUGGCCACCGUCCAAUUAUCAAUCAGACUGGUGUAGAUUCUACUUUACUGCCUCUGGAUUUAAGUAAUAAGACCUCUGGUGAGGCGUCAUUAUCUUCUGAUACACAACAUCCACUUCCGUCAUCAUCACCAAUACUGAACUCCUUAUUGGAUGACAGCAGAAGCAUUUGUACACGUCCCUUAAGAUCGCAAGAAGUAGAUAAUUGUAACGAACUACGCACUUCUAAAAAGCGUAAAAUAUGUGGAAUACCUACUAGUCUCAGUCGCGAAAAUCCACGAGCUGGUUUUAAAAAUAUUAUGCAGAAUUGUGUGAAUCAAAUAAUGGAAUCUCAAGAAAAGCUGUUGAUGAAAAGUAUUGAAGAAUAGCGCAAACUUGAUAAGGAAAUGUUUAUUCAAUAUAAUAAUAUCUUUUUACAGCAAACACAAAUCUUACUCACAGGAUUGCAAAAUUUGACUUCACCGUCUCCACAAAAUUAUGCAACAUUUCAACAAUUUUGUGGCGUUUCAACUAUGCCAGCAGUAAAACCAAUGUUCACAGAGAACUUAAAUCAAUCAUAUCGUACACAAUCAACAUUUUCGCAUGGUCUCCCAUUAUUAUAAAAGGUAUUUCAACAUCAUUUAAUGUAACUGU